GAGGUAUUGUGACCAUCAAGCAGCUUUUGCACAGCAUUGCAGACCGACGUGAUGGCAACUGUGGCUGGCAAACCGCGUUGGCUUCCUCUGGAGAGCAAUCCCGAUGUCUUGAACAAGUUUGUGAAGAACAUGGGCCUUCGUGGUGAUUACGAAUUUACCGAUGUCUUUGGCUUGGACCCGGAGCUGCUGGCCAUGGUGCCCCAGCCAGUGGGGGGGGUGCUUCUGCUCUUCCCCGUGAGUGACAACUACAUGGAACGCAAUGCCGAGGAGGCCCGCGAGAUUGAAGCCCGUGGCCAAACCGUGAGCGAUCAAGUUUACUUUAUGAAGCAAACCAUCAGCAACGCGUGUGGCACCGUGGGCUUGUUGCACUGCCUCGGCAACAAUCAAGCACGAGUGCAGUUUGAGGAUGGUAGCUAUCUUCAGCGAUACUUUGCACAGUGCGCUGGCAAGUCUCCAGCUGAGCGCGGCAAACUACUGGAAGAAGCCAACGAGAUCUCUUCCGCUCACGAGGCCAGCGCUCAAGAGGGCCAGACCGAUACCCCGGCGCUCGAGGAGGAUCAGACUCUUCACUUCAUCUGCUUUGUGGAGAAGGAAGGCCAGCUCUACGAACUCGACGGCAACAAGGAGUUCCCCAUCAACCACGGACCGACUUCGCCCGACACUCUGUUGCAAGACGCAGCCGUGGUUGUGCGUCGCUUCAUGGAGGUCACGCCCGAUGACAUGCGCUUUACUGUCAUGGCUUUUAGCAAGACCCAAUAAACAUACUCGCCCUUUUUUUCUUUUGGAUGUAAAUUGACAAGUGACGAACCUG